AUGGUGAGCCAAAUGAAGAAGCUCCUGGCCGUCGCCACCACCGUGUCGGCAUCAGUUCUUGAACUGCCCGUCGUCAUAGACAACAGCUAUGCCAGCGUCAAAUUCGAAAUCGGAACACCUCCAAAGGAACACAGGUUGAUGUUCGAUACCGGAUCGUCAACGCUUUUCGUCGUCAACACCGACUGCACCGAGGAAUCUUGCCCAGAUGGUAGGGUCACAUCCUACGUUCGGGAGAAAUACAACGCAUCUGCCUCGUCCACAUCCGUCGACCUCAAUAUCCCCGCGUCGAUUCCAUACCUCGGCGGUGACGUCGCUGGCGAAACUAUCCAGGACGUUUUCAGCACUCUAGACGGUAGCGUAGAAUGGAACCAGACUUUCCUGUCUGCCAACCAGAGCAGCUGGCGUUUCAUCACUGCUGAUGGGUUCCUCGGCCUGGGUUUCUCCUCAAUCGCGGAAAAGAACACGUCGACCCUGGUCGAAACAUUGCUGUGGGACGGAAAACUGGACGCACCACGCUUCGGUCUUUUCUAUGGAACAAAUAUGAAGGAUGCAGGCAAUGGUACGCAAGACGGUGUGCUGACCGUUGGCGGCAGUCACGAAGACAAAUACGUGGAUGGUGAGAUGGCCUACGCACCCUUGAGGAAAGAGGACCCAUACCAGCUCUGGCGUACGGCACUAAGAAGCGUCAACGUACUCGUCGCGGAGAACCCGUCGGAUCCAAACGCCACUGUCGACAUACGCAAUGGCCACCUUCCUACCACUACCUUAUCGGUCGGUGGCCAGCCAGACGCCAAUGUGACAUGGCCAAUGUCACAAGGUCGAGCCGUUUUCGAUACUGGAUCUGGACGCCUUUCCGUCCCAAGUGACAUCAUCGACGCCAUGUACUUCAACCUCGGCUGGAAUUACACUAAGCUAUUCAACCACGGCCAAGAGAUCAUGGAGUGUAAGCACCUGAACGCUUCGUGGGCCGUUACCUUGACACUUGGCGAGGGCACCCCAGAGGACGAUGUCUCAUUCACCAUUCGGGGCGACGAGUUCUUCGUACCCGGUCACCAAUGCAUGCCGCCGUUUGACAGUAGCGAAAAUGAAGGAUUUGCAUUGGUCGGCUCUUCGUUCCUGCGAAGGCAUUACUCUGUCUAUGACUUUGGCGCUGAUAAGGUCGAGGACUAUCAGCCGAAGAUCGGUUUCGGAAGGUUGAAGAAGGAGUAUGAUUUCUUUUACCAGUGA